GGAGCUCGUGGUUGAGGUUAGGAGGGUAAAUGACAGGUUGAUGAGUAUUAAGCUGGUAGUUGGUGGGUUUACUGUAAACGUGAUUCGUGUAUAUGCUUCUCAGGUAGGUUUGAACCAGGAGGUCAAAAAGCAAUUUUGGGAUGAUUUGGGCGAGAUGGUGUGUAGUAUCCCAUACGCAGAGAAGUUGUUCAUUGGCGGAGAUUUCAAUGGUCAUACUGGGUCUAGUGUUGGGGGUUAUGAUGAUGUGCUUGGCGGUUACAGUUUUGGGGAUAGGAAUGAGGGCGAUAAUUCACUGCUGGAGUUUGCUAGAGCUUUUGAUUUGGUUAUAGCUAACUCGAGUUUCCUGAAGAGGGAAGAGCACCUGCUCACUUUUCGAAAUUUAAUGGGAAGACUCAGAUUGAUCAUCUUCUCUGCAGGAAAUGCGAUAAAUGUUUGUGCACUGACUGCAGGGUCAUCCCGAGUGAGAACCUUACGACCCUACAUAGGCUCCUAG